CAGCGGAAGUUCCCGCCCCGGCUCCGCCUCCGCCCCCGGCUCGCGUGAGCUGGGUGUUUCCUGACUCUCACAGUCCGGGUUUGGAGACUCCGGCGUCCUCCGACUUUUCAUGGAAGAGAUGUCAGGAGAAAGUGUGGUGAGCUCAGCGGUGCCAGCGGCUGCUACCCGCACCACCUCCUUCAAGGGCACGAGCCCCAGCUCCAAAUACGUGAAGCUGAAUGUGGGCGGAGCCCUCUACUACACCACCAUGCAGACGCUUACCAAGCAGGACACCAUGCUGAAGGCCAUGUUCAGUGGGCGCAUGGAAGUGCUCACCGACAGCGAAGGCUGGAUCCUCAUUGACCGGUGCGGGAAGCACUUUGGUACGAUACUCAACUACCUUCGAGACGGGGCAGUCCCUUUACCGGAGAGCCGCCGGGAGAUCGAGGAGCUGCUAGCGGAAGCCAAGUACUACCUGGUCCAGGGCCUGGUGGAAGAAUGCCAGGCCGCCCUGCAACAGAACAAAGAUACUUACGAGCCUUUCUGCAAGGUUCCUGUGAUCACCUCAUCCAAGGAAGAACAAAAACUUAUAGCGACUUCAAAUAAGCCAGCCGUGAAGUUGCUCUACAACAGAAGUAAUAAUAAAUAUUCAUAUACCAGCAAUUCUGACGACAAUAUGUUGAAAAACAUUGAACUGUUUGAUAAGCUGUCUCUGCGUUUUAAUGGAAGGGUCCUAUUCAUAAAGGAUGUUAUUGGGGAUGAAAUCUGCUGCUGGUCCUUUUAUGGACAGGGCCGCAAGAUUGCUGAAGUCUGUUGUACCUCCAUCGUCUAUGCCACUGAGAAGAAACAGACCAAGGUUGAGUUCCCUGAAGCCCGGAUUUAUGAAGAGACCCUGAACAUUUUGCUGUACGAGGCCCAGGAUGGCCGGGGACCUGACAAUGCGCUCCUGGAGGCCACAGGCGGGGCAGCCGGGCGCUCCCACCACCUGGAUGAGGACGAGGAGCGGGAACGGGAGCGAAUUGAGCGUGUGCGGCGGAUCCACAUCAAGCGUCCGGAUGACCGGGCCCACCUCCACCAGAAUGCCCAGCAACACCGAGCCAUGGAAGUACGGUUUACAGCAAGGCAGAGCCCCUACCCUUCUACCUUACCACCGUAAACGUUGCUCAGCGUGGAAAGGAAAGAUGAGUCGUUUUUCUGUAGCAUGUGAAUUUAAACACAGGUAGUCUUGGGUCAAAGGUGGUCUGGCUUGUGCAAAAGCAGAAUGAAUCAGCUGGUGUUACCACUGAUUUUACCACUGAUUUAAUAUUGGG